AUGGAGCCCUUCCCCGGCUGCACCGGCGCCGCGCUCCUGCUCUGCUUCAGCUACGCCAGCCUGGUCCCGGUGGAGGCAGACAGCCCAUCGGCUCCAGUAAAUGUCACAGUCAAACACCUGAAAGCCAACUCAGCCGUUGUGACUUGGGAUGUUCUGGAGGAUGAAGUUGUCAUUGGAUUUGCAAUUUCCCAACAGAAGAAGGACGUGCGGAUGCUGCGCUUCAUCCAGGAGGUGAACACCACCACCCGCUCCUGCGCCCUCUGGGACCUAGAGGAGGACACUGAGUACAUAGUGCAUGUCCAGUCCAUCAGCAUCCAAGGCCAGAGCCCUGCCAGUGAGCCAGUCCUCUUCAAGACCCCCAGAGAAGCUGAGAAACUAGCCUCUAAAAAUAAAGAUGAGGUGACAAUGAAGGAGAUGGCGAAGAAAAACCAACAGCUGCGAGCAGGGGAAAUUCUCAUCAUUGUUGUGGUGUUGUUUAUGUGGGCAGGGGUGAUCGCCCUCUUUUGCAGACAGUACGAUAUCAUCAAAGAUAACGAACCAAAUAACAGCAAGGAGAAAGUCAAGAGCGCCUCCGAGAACAGCACUCCCGAGCACCAGAGCGGAGGACUGCUCCGCAGCAAGUUUCCAAAAAACAAGCCCUCAGUGAAUAUCAUUGAAGCGUGACAGCCUACCAUCUGAUAGAUGGACUCCAUUUCUCACUCUCACUUUUUGCCUCUGAGCCUUGAUGACUAAGGGAGGUGAAAUAUUGUUGGAGCAAUUUGGAAAGAGACCUCGUGAUUGUCACUUGUUGGCACAGACCUCCUUGUCUUUGUUCUGCAAAGCAUCUGGCCAGAAAGAAAGAUCCUGCAACUCCCCACCCCCAAAACACAAACAAUUAAGAUGGAAAAGCGUCAGUGAGACAGCUGCUGCCAGCGAUCCUGUCCUGGACUCAUGAAUCACCUAGGCUGGAACGACUUCUCACACACUCCUCUCCACCCUCCCACUCCAUCUUCUGGAACAAUUUUCCUGUCUCUGGAAAUGUAUACAGUUUUAUUGUAUCUUUAUUUUGUCUCACUGUCACUACGUCUUGACAGUAUUAACAUGAGCUCAGGCAUCAGUCACUGUCACUCCUCUUCAAGCAAGAAAGAAAAGCUCAUCACAGACGCAACCAGCAACCAGAUUUUGGCUGCUACAUGCUCUCGCUUGCUUUGUUCCAUCGAUGUUUGUUGUAUAACAUGUCUUGCAGAUGGGUUUUUAAAACAAACGAAAGGUGGGGGGGAAGGUAUAUCCCAGUUUCCAUCCAAACUGCAAGAACUUUGCUGGUUGUUCUCCAGUCAGGCUGCAGCACGACUCCACUGUUGCUCUCUCCUGGCUUGCACUGGUGUACUUCACCUUGGACAAUCGGGGCGCACUGAACACUGAGGCACAACCAAUGUGACAGAACACCUGAAGCUGUUGUUUUGCUUCCAGGAUAAUUUCAACCAUUUUCUUCAUGGUAUUUUCAGCUGGGCCCAAGUCCACCAACAGUGUGAUAAAAGGUCCAUAAAAAUGUAGCCA